AUGAGGACCAAAUUGUUAUCCCUCUUCCUCUUGUUAAUCCCCCUUGCCCUUCGCAACUACGCACGCGCGCAUGAAGAUCUGUUUAACGAGCACAUCACGACAAUACACGACGGGGAGCUGAACAACUUCAUCACGAAGAAUGACGUCGUGCUGGUCAUGUUCUUCGCCCCCUGGUGCGGGCACUGCAAGAGGCUGAUCCCGGAGUACAACGAAGCGGCGAACAUGCUGGCGGAGAAGAAGAGCGAAAUCAAGCUCGCGAGCGUGGACGCCACCACGGAAAACGCCCUCGCGCAGGAAUACGGAAUCACAGGCUACCCAACCAUGAUUAUGUUUAACAAGAAAAACAGAGUUAACUACGGAGGAGGAAGAACAGCCCAGUCAAUCGUAGACUGGCUGCAACAGAUGACCGGUCCAGUAUUCACAGAAAUUACCACCAACAUAGAGGAGGUACUAAAGGAGAAAAACAUAGCAGUGGCGUUCUACAUGGAAUACACAUCUGAAGAUAACGAAUUGUAUAAGAGCUUCAACGAAAUAGGAGACAAAAAUAGAGAAAUCGCCAAAUUUUUUGUAAAAAAAAAUGAAAAACAUAAUAAAAUUUCUUGCUAUAGAAAAGAUGAAAAGAAAGUAGAUUACGAUGAGAAGGUACCUCUAAGCGAGUUCGUCUCCACCGAAUCGUUCCCACUCUUUGGAGAAAUAAACACAGAAAACUAUCGCUUUUAUGCAGAGAGCCCCAAAGAAUUGGUAUGGGUCUGUGCCACAACGGAGCAGUAUAACGAAAUAAAGGAGGAGGUUAGACUAGCAGCAUCUGAAUUAAGGAAAAAAACGCACUUUGUUCUUUUAAACAUCCCAGAGUAUGCCGACCAUGCUAGGGCCUCCUUAGGAUUGAAUGAAUUCCCAGGACUUGCUUACCAAUCUAGUGAAGGCAGAUACCUACUACCAAACGCGAAAGAGUCCCUACAUAAUCACAAAACGAUUGUAACUUUCUUUAAAGAUGUAGAAGAAGGAAAAGUUGAAAAAUCUCUCAAAUCAGAACCCAUUCCAGAGGAUGACAAAGCUGCUCCUGUUAAGGUCGUCGUUGGAAACUCCUUUAUUGAUGUCGUUCUUAAAAGUGGAAAGGAUGUGCUCAUCGAAAUUUACGCCCCAUGGUGUGGCCAUUGUAAGAAGCUAGAACCUGUUUAUGAAGACCUCGGCCGAAAAUUAAAAAAAUAUGAUUCUAUAAUUGUUGCCAAAAUGGAUGGUACGCUUAACGAAACACCAAUUAAAGAUUUUGAGUGGUCGGGAUUCCCAACCAUCUUUUUUGUUAAGGCCGGCUCGAAAAUACCCCUGCCGUACGAGGGGGAGAGAUCUCUAAAGGGCUUCGUAGAUUUCUUAAACAAGCACGCCACCAACACCCCCAUCUCGGUGGAAGGCGUUCCUGACCUUGAGGACGGCACAGCGGAGGAGUUAUAAGCAAACCGGAAAAACUCCCCCUUGGAGCGGCGUACCAAAUGGUUUCCCAUCAGAAGGAGCAGCAAAUGUGUGUGCCACCCCUUGUAAGAACGGGACGAGCGCGGGGUGGCACAUCUUUUAGGCCCUACAAGUGUGUAGUCUACCUGGAGAGAAAAAAAAAAAAGCAGCACACCACGCGUAGCAAACGUUGGAAGCGUUGGAAGCGAUGGAAUCGAUGGAAGCGAUGGAAGCGAUGGAAGCGAUGGAAGCGAUGGAAGCGAACCGAGUGGGAAGUCGCAGCAACAGAGGAGUAGGUCCCCUCCCCCCAAUGAAGCAGCAAAUAAUGCACGCUGCACGGAACAACCGAGGAACACACCACACCCUGCGAUGUGCUCGCAAGUGAACACGCCAAUUGUUACGUCACAACACCGGGUCGUCCGCCAAGCGCGCACUCCUUUUGAGCACCGCUAACUUGGUGCCUUUUUUAUGAAAAAUGUUUUUUUUUUUUUCCCCUCUGCGUGAAAAUACAUUACUCGCCCGUGCGAUGCGUGCGCACUACCUCGUCUCGUCGACCACCUUGUAACUCCAGUCGGAUGACCCGCAUAUCCCGUAGGUGUCCCUAUAACCACUGUUACCCACGUGCGUGCCUGCACCCG